GGCAUCAUGUACUACAUCAAACCAGACUGGUCCAAACUGGGGGAGGCUCAGGUGUGGAUUGACGCCGGCACACAGAUCUUCUUCUCCUACGCCAUCGGGCUGGGAGCACUGACUGCUUUAGGAAGUUACAACCGCUUCAACAACGACUGCUAUAA